AUGGCUCGCCCCUCCGUCGUUCAAGAGUAUGCCGCGCCCUCAACGACCCUGAGUCUCGACCACAAGGUCACCAACCAACGCCAGCUCUACAAAGUACAGCGGCCACAGGGCUACCAGGUCUCAUGGCACGCCAAUCCUGCCGUGGAGGCGCAUCAUUUCGGCCAGUCACACCCCAUGAAGCCAUGGCGGCUGACCCUCACCAAGCAACUCGUCAUGGCCUACGGCAUGCACCACGCGAUGGACCUGUACCUGGCGCGCGCGGCAACAUAUGAAGAGCUCGCCGAUUUCCACGAGUCGGAUUAUCUGGAUUUCCUGCGGCAAGUCAUGCCGGGCGACAUGGACCGGGCGGAGCAGAGCGAGAACGUGGUGCGAUUCAAUUUUGGCGACGACUGUCCAAUCUUCGACGGGUUGUACAACUACUGCUCAUUAUACGCGGGCGGGACCGUGGACGCGGCGCGUAAGCUCUGCAACAAUCAGUCGGAUAUCGCGAUCAACUGGUCCGGUGGGCUGCACCACGCCAAGAAAGCCGAGGCCAGUGGCUUCUGCUACGUCAAUGAUAUCGUCCUGGGUGUCCUGCAGCUACUGCGCCACCACCCGCGCGUGAUGUAUAUCGAUAUCGACGUCCACCAUGGUGAUGGCGUCGAGCAGGCCUUCUGGUCCACGGACCGCGUGCUGACGGUCUCCUUCCACAAAUAUGACAAGGAUAACUUCUUCCCCGGGACUGGCGCCCUCGAGGACACGGGACCGAAUCACCCUCUUAACCCAGGCGCCCACCAUUCCAUCAAUGUCCCGUUGAACGACGGCAUCGACGACGAUUCUUAUAUCGACCUUUAUCACCAAGUGAUUGGAGCCUGCGUGGAGAACUAUCGGCCCGGCGCCAUCGUCCUCCAGUGCGGCGCUGACAGUUUAGGAUGUGACCGUCUCGGCUGCUUCAAUCUCAACGUCCGCGCCCACGGUGCUUGCGUCGCUUUCACCAAGACAUUUGGCUUACCCCUCCUCGUUGUUGGUGGUGGUGGCUAUACACCACGCAACGUUUCUCGCGCCUGGGCACACGAAACCUCCAUCCUCAUUGACGCGGACCAGGUGAUCGACUCGACGAUUCCAGAGUCCGUGGCGUUCCGUAAUCACUUCGGUCCUGACUAUUCGCUCUUCCCGCCUCUGUCCGAGAUAAGACGCCUCGAGAACAAGAAUUCACGCCCUUACCUCGAAGGUCUGGUCGAGGCUGUCCACGAACAGCUCCGUUACAUUAAGGGUGCUCCCAGCGUUCAGAUGAGUUUCAUCCCACCAGAUCUCCUCGGCCUGCGAGAAGAAACCGAGAAGGAAAUCGAAGAGCAAAUGGCCAUGAUGGAAGAGGAAAUGGAAGAACAAGAGGGCAAUGGCUCGGCUGCGUUGGCUGCAGCUAAUCUUAUCGAAGAUGUACCUGGUUCCGCGGGUGGCAUUCCACGCCCAAACCGGCGCCGAGACUUGGAACGGGGAGCCGGGUAUAAAGGCGAGCUAUACUCAUGA